AUCAAACAAACGUCGAUUCCAAUUAAAAAAUGCCAAUAGAAUACGUCUUGAAAAACACCAAAGAAAUAAAUUAUUAAAAGAACAUUCUGCAUCCACUAAUGAAGUAUCUACCAAUGAAGUAUUCAUUAACGAAAUAUCCAACAACAGA